GCAAAGCAAUGGUUCUGUCAUUCGAUCAAACUCCCCAACAACAACAUCUCAGAUUAUGGCCAGAAAGAAAAGAAGAGGGAUUAUAGAGAAAAGGCGCCGUGAUCGUAUAAAUAACAGUUUGUCAGAGCUGAGGCGGCUUGUGCCAACUGCUUUUGAAAAACAAGGAUCUGCCAAAUUAGAAAAAGCGGAAAUACUGCAAAUGACAGUGGAUCAUCUGAAGAUGCUGCAGGCGACGGGAGGUAAAGGUUAUUUUGACGCUCAUUCCCUGGCCAUGGAUUUCAUGAGCAUUGGCUUCCGGGAAUGCUUGACAGAAGUCGCGAGGUACCUGACUUCAGUGGAAGGUCUCGACACGGCCGACCCCCUGCGCGUUAGACUUGUGUCUCACCUGAGCACCUGCGCCUCUCAGAGGGCCAUGCCCUCCUCCAUGGCCCACCACCACCACCCCUUGCACCCUCACCACUGGGCAGCUGCCUUUCACCACCUCCCGGCCGCUUUGCUGCAGCCCAACGGACUCCACGCCUCCGAGGCCACCCCAUGCAGACUCUCCUCGGACAUGCCCCCCCACGGCUCUGCCCUCCUUACGGCCACCUUCGCCCACACCGACGCAGCCCUCAGAGUCCCUUCCGCUGGCAGCGUCGCUCCCUGCGUCCCCCCUCUCUCUACCUCCCUCUUGUCCCUCUCGGCCACCGUUCACGCCGCCGCGGCAGGGGCCCCCGCCGCCGUGGCUGCAGCGACGGCCAUCACCCCUCCCUUGGCAGUAUCAGCCACCGCCAGCCCUCAGCAGGCUGGCAACGGGAGCAGCACUAAACCCUAUCGACCCUGGGGGACUGAAGUUGGAGCCUUUUAA